AUGAAUUGCACUGAUCCCCUCACCGACCCCGAAAAUCCAAUUGUCUUCUUCGACAUCUCAGUGGGGGACAAAGUGAUAGGACGUGUCAAAAUGGAGCUCUUCAGGACCGUUUGUCCGAAGACCGUUGAAAAUUUCAGGCAGAUGUGCACUGGCGAUUUUGUCACGAAUGGGAAAGUAGUGGGGUAUAAGGACUGUGUCUUUCAUCGUGUCAUAAAGAACGCAGUGAUUCAAAGUGGUGAUGUUCUUGGUAUGGGUGGAAGUGGGCAAAUAAGUAUUUAUGGCGACAAAUUUGAUGAUGAGAACUUUAAAAUGACGCAUGACGUGCCUGGGUUACUAAGUAUGGUCAACUCGGGCCCAAACACAAAUGGAAGUCAAUUUAUGAUCACGUGUUCCUCGUUGCAUGAGUUAGAUGGAAAGAAUGUCGUUUUUGGGCAAGUGACGGAGGGGAUGAAAGUCGUUCGUAUGAUUGAAAAUGUCGCAGUCGACCAGAACUUCAUCCCCAAAGUGCAGUGUACAAUAAGUCAAUGUGGACAAUACUGA